CCAUUUUAUGUGCUCUGGGACAACAAGCGUGUGAGGGGAAAUGCAGAAAUUUCGUAAUGAUGUUACUGUAGCCAUUUCUUGAUAGUGAUAGCUGAAGGACGGAGAUGCGGUGGAUGUUUGGUUCAGGGAUACACGCAGGUCAAAGCGUUGGCAGGCGUGGCGGUGGGCUGGACUAGGCUGCAAUGAACGACGACAAACAGGGGAUGUGCAGCGAGCGGGAGACAUUAAAAUAUCAGGAAUCAAGAGGGAUAUAGCAACUUAUUAUUUUGAAAUACAAUAUUAUUUCCGAACUUUUUAUUUUAUCAAUGCACUGUUCUAUAUAAUUUAGAACUGCCUAUUAUUUUCUUAAACAUAGGCGUAGUCUAAAAGCAGCUAUAUGCUCAGAGGACAAGGCGUUGGAGAAUGCUGUAAGCUCUCUCCUAUCUCCUUGUCGUAGUAACCUCCUCUGAGCCGAGACACUAUGAGCACCUCUUCCAGUCCAAAGGGGACCCCGGUCCAGCAAAGCCCUACCGAUGGGGAGGGCGCGGACACGGACACCCUGCAGUCACCCCUGCAGUCCACCCCGUCCACCAGUCAGAAGAAGCGCAUCUCCAGUCUUCUGCAGAGCCCAUCCUUUAGAGAAGAGCUGGAUGUGCUGAUCCAGGAACAGAUGAAGAAAGGCGGCAGUGCCUCGAACUUGUGGGCUCUGCGGCAGAUUGCAGACUUCAUGUCCACUCAUGGCUCUCCUGCUGCCCUACCUGUUUCUUCCUCAAAUACGUCCAUGGUCACCCCCAUUAAUGACAUGCAAGGAUGGGAACCGGGCACCUUGGCAAAAGGGGAGCGUCUGAUGCGUUGUAAGCUGGCCAGUGUGCAUCGCCUGCUGGACCUGUAUGGCUGGGCCCAGCUCAACCGUGCAUGCCUCACGAUACGUGUGAGCAAAGAACAGGAGCAUUUCCUGGUACUGCCGGACGGUCUGGCUUAUGGGGAGGCCACAGCAUCCAACCUGGUGAAGGUGAAUAUUCUGGGGGAGGUGGUGGAGAGAGGCAGCACCACUCUGGGUGUGGACCUGGCAGGAUUCAGUCUGCAUUCAGCCAUCUACUCGGCCCGUCCUGAUGUCCGGUGCCUGCUGCACCUCCACACACCGGCCACUGCUGCGGUUUCUGCCAUGAAGUGUGGCCUGCUGCCCCUAUCCCAUGAGGCAUUGCUGGUGGGAGACGUGGCCUAUUUGGACUACAAUGGGUUGAUGGAGGAAGAGCAGGACCGGGUGGAGCUGCAGAAGAGUCUGGGGCCCACUUGCAAGGUGCUGGUGUUGCGGAACCAUGGGAUUGUGGCUCUGGGAGAGUCGGUGGAAGAGGCCUUUUAUACUAUCUACCACAUCCAGGCUGCCUGUCAGAUUCAGGUGUCAGCAUUGUGCUGUGCAGGAGGGGAACAGAACCUCAUCAUGCUGGACCGGGCCACCCACAAGCCCAACCCCACAGGCACCGUGGGCUGGGCCGGCUCCACGUUUGGCCCACUGCACAAGAGUCGUCUGGGGGAGCACGAGUUUGAGGCUCUGAUGAGAACCAUGGACAACCUGGGCUACCGCACUGGCUAUGCCUACCGGUUCCCUGUGCUGCUGGAGCGCUCACGGACCAAGCGGGAGGUGGAGAUCCCGGCCACUGUCACAGCCUUCAACUUCAAAGAGGAGGGAGGGAGCCCCCACCCACGCCUCCACCCCCACGCACAGAAGCAGCAGCAGGAGAGGACGCGGUGGCUCAACACCCCUAACACGUACCAGAAGGUUAACCAGGACCAGGCCAGCCCUGGGCAUCAGCGCACAACGGUGAGCUGGUUGAAGUCUGAGGAGAUCACCCAAACCAGUGGGACAGCCAUAAAGAUUGAGAACCCCAAUCAGUUUGUGCCACUCUUCACCAAUCCAAAGGAAGUACUGGAAACAAGGAACAAGAUUCGGCAGCAGAAUCGUCAGGACAUGAAGACAGCUGGACCCCAAUCCCAAGUACUCGCAAGUGUCAUCACGGACAACAGUCCACCAUCCCCAGAGCCACUACCGGAGCCCAGCACCCCUGAGCCUGAGCCCCCCAACCCUUUCAACGAGCUCACGGAUGAGGUGCUGGAGGAUUAUCGAGCGGAGGUCCAGAAGAAACAGCAGAGUGGAGGAGAAGACGGGGAGGAGGCCAAAGAAGCUGGGACUCCCCCAGCUUCCUCCCCCACAAAGGUCCCUUCCCCCAGCAAACCCCCUCCUGAAGAUGGCUCGAAACCCUCCGAAGCCAAUGAGGUGGUGAAAAACGGCAGUGCGGAGGACGAGAAGCAGCAGCAGGAGGAGCUGGAGAAAGGGAUGAAGGCUCUGACCACCAACGACACCGCUCCCCCCACCACACCCCCAAACAAGCCAGCCGGCAUCACCCCCGAGGGCUCGCCCUCCAAGUCCCCCUCGAAGAAGAAGAAGAAGUUCAAAGCUCCGUCCUUCUUGAAGAAGAGCAAGAAGCAAAAGGACAAGGAGAAGGUGGAGAAGGUGGAGACCUGAAGGGAACUCACAGACAAUGACACACACACACACACACACACACACACACACACAUAUUCACAUGUGUCAUCUUCACAUUGAGAAUGUUGUAAACUCACUCAGUCGCACAUCUUGGUAUUCACCUCUUUCUUCAUAUUACUUCUCUCUCACACAUACAGCUAUUCAUACAGCAAUUACUCCCCCCUAAAGGAAUGUUUGAAUUUUGAGUUGACUUCACAACAAGCACGAAAAAUAAUGCAAACCGAUGCACCAGGCAAGAACCAUGCACACGGAAAACAGUAAUGUUCCAAAUUCACAUUAACCUCUCAUGGCUCAGCAUAACCAUGCACCUAACACUUAUAUUUUGAAAGAAAACAAAAGAAUGUUAGAAAAAACAGUCAUUGUACGUCCAUACUACUCAAUCACUUGAUGGUCACAGACUUAAGAUGUGUGCUAUACACAGGUCAGUGCAGGUAUUAUGCAGAUGUAAUCCUUUGCCCUUAAAUGAUAAUUGAAUUUCAUGUCUGAACUGCAGGGAAAGUACAAAUGAAAUGAAAUCAUAAUCUUGGGUUUUGUUUUUGGUCAAAGGAACAGAAACGUGCAGUUUGAAAAUGUCCUGAAUGACUGAAAGCCCAACUCUGAAAGGCACUAUACAUUCCACUCUCUUUUCUUUUUUUCGUAAAGAUGUAUGCAAAGUGAUCCUCACAGCUGUAAUUAUUUUUAUUGUCUGUUACUAUUAUUUAAAUGCUUUUGUGUCUAUAUUUGCUGGGAUAAAAUGUUCAUGUCAUAUUAGAAUGUAAAGUGGUUACUGCUAGGUUCAAAUGUACCAACCAUUAAAGAUGAAAGCAAUCCAAACCGA